UUUACCUAUUGUUCACAAUGGACGCUUUAUUUUCAAACAACAGCCAAAGAAACACUAGUGCUCACACUGAGGAUCUCAGCUCGGUGUACGAAGCCGUAGGGUACAUCCAGGUGGUGAUGGCCGUACUGAGUAUUUUGGGCUCCGGGUCCAUCAUCGUUUUUGCCGUUUUUCAAAGAGUUGUACGGUCAUCUGAGGUGUGGCCUCUCUUCUUGUUGAGCGUCACAGAUUUGCUGCUGGCUGUGUGUUGGCUGACUGGAUCAGUUCUGUUCUUAAAGAGCUGUAGCACCCACGGUGUCUGUUAUAACCUACACAAUGUAGAACAGACUUUAUACAUGGCCUCCUUUUUCUUCACACUGCACUACGUGUGGGCACUCUACACUGGCCUGUGGAAGAGGUUUAACAGACAUGUGAAUGGCUUCCCAGCUCAGAGCGCAGCCCUAGCCUGCUCCUGUGCACAUCUGGCCGAGUUUCUUUCACUUGCUACAGCAAUAGUGUUGACAGUACCAGUCUAUGUCACAGGAAACAUGGAGCGCUGUUACAUAAACGUCUCCCAGCCUUACCGGUGCCUGCUGAUGCAGACAGAGUCCCUGCUCCUGGUGUCUCCUGUGGAGGAGGAAAGGACAGCCUGUCUUCUCGUUCACCGUUAUCGCCUGGCCAUCUUCCUCCUCACCUUCAUCUUCACUCUCAUCGGAAUUAUCGUGCUGAUGGGAAAAGCACGGAGCCUGUACAAACGCUGCAUUACUUCCAAUGGUUUCUUUGGCGACCGUCAGUGGGCGACGCUCCAUGUACUGGAGAAACGAAUGCUCCUCUACCCAGCUGUCUUUCUCUUAUGCUGGGCACCAGCUGUAGUUCUGGGCACUGUGAUGCUUUUUAAACCAGAGGCUGCAGGGAGUCGAUUUCGAGUCUGUUUUUACAUCUUACAGGCCCUGACCUCUACGUCUCAGGGUUGGCUGAACUGUGUGGUGUACGGCUGGACCCAGAGACAUUUCCGGUCCCUGAGCGGUGCAGGAAUGAGAGAUGCAGACACGCAGACACCGCUGCUGCGUUCACAGAAAAAAAACAGCUACUCUGCCCUCUACUCCUUCUCUUAGGGCGUCUGACACGCGUCUGACGCCUGGAUUCUCUCACACAGGCCUGAGAUGCAGAGCAGAACUCACAGUCAGUCAGGUGGGGACAUGACGGGCAACACACGCGUGACUGACGGGACGAAGAUCCCAAGCUCUGCUGUGCACUCACCCAUGCGUGACGCAGGACAGAGCAGACAUUAGAUGGCUUUUGCUUUGACUGUGUUCGCUUUGACUCUGUCACACACACACACACCUGUAGCUCUGACUCAUUUCACAGAACUGACUCAUUUUAACGAACUGAACACGGGUGCCUGAACGUCUGUGAGGACAUCAGAAGACUGAGGGCAGCAGGGCCUCUCCACACCGUCUCUUUAAAGACUCGGAGUUAAAAGGUUCUCCGUGUGGGAUUUUUUAAAUGGUUUUAUCUGGUUUUCAUUAUUUUCAAAAGCCUGUCAUUGUGAGUGCACAUGAGAGACCAGGUCGUGCAGAGCUGAAGCUGUGAGCAGACGACGUGCCAGUGUGUCGGGGGAAGGAUGAGGUGGCCAGGGGAAGACCAGUACUGGAAUUUUGAGGAGAGGAAAAGCAGGAAGUGAAACCGACAGUGUCACUCUCUGUGAGGCCGGGGCCAGAUCUCCCUCUGCUUUUUAAAACAAUGCCUGUCUCUCCUGACUCUGCACUGAGAGCAGACUCAAAGACACUGUCAGACAUUUCACUGUCAGCCUACCUUUCACCGUUAACCUGUGUAAAUCUGGGUUUGGCUGUUAACCUUUA